ACUCAGGUGCUUAUUUUAUUUUUAUUUUUAUUUUCGGAUUUCAUGUAUGAGAAAAUUGUAAAUAAAAAUGGCAUCUAAUUAGUAUAUUUCUUUCUAUAUUUUAUCGCACACCUACCUACACAGUACACAUAUAAAGAUAGUGAGACUUUAGAAUGAGAUUUCAGUUGUUGUUCAAACGACCGUAAGUAAUAUUAAAAAGAAAUUUUUAAACGAAAAUGGAGAAGUGGAAUGGGAAAGUUGCUGUAGUAACAGGUGCUUCUUCUGGAAUCGGAGAGGAUACUUGUAGACAACUCGUUGAAAAAGGAAUGAUUGUUGUUGGUUUUGCUAGAAGAGAACCUAAACUUCAGAUGUUAGAAAGUGAUUUAAGAGGAAAACUUGGUAAAUUUUAUUAUGUAAAAGUUGACUUGUGUUCAGAAGAAAACAUUUUGGAAGCUUUUAAUUGGGUAAAGACAACAUUAAAAUCUGUUGAUGUACUAAUUAACAAUGCUGGUAUUAUGACGUUAACUAAUAUACUAGGAAAUACAAAUGAUUGGAAACAAAUGUUUGAUACAAAUGUCAUAGGUCUUAGCAUUUGCAGUAGAGAAGUUAUAAAAAUUAUGGAGGAAUUUAAAAUCAAAGAAGGUCACAUAAUAAAUAUUAACAGUAUUGUAGGUCAUUACCAAUUUCCAUACAUGAAAGAUAUUUCAAUGUAUAGUGCAACGAAGUUUAGUAUUACUACAAUCACAGACAAUUUAAGAGAAUUAAUGGGCAUGAAAAAUUUACCAAUUAGAGUCACGAGUAUCAGCCCCGGUGCAGUGGAAACCGAAAUGACUGAAGAGGUAAGGCAUUUAAAAGGAGUGAAUAUGAUGAAAUCUAUUGACAUUGCUGAAGCAAUUUUGUAUGCAUUGAGUGCACCUCAGCGUGUCAACGUCGCUGAAAUCAUCAUAAGACCAACGAUGGAGAAUACAUUAGCUUUUGUUAAGAAUCUUGUAUAG